GGGACCUGUAGUUUAGUCCUCGCGACUACUCUACACUCGUUCUCAUGCUGCCGCGGCAUCUAUACACGCUUGUGUUUACGUUCCUGCUGCAAAGUGGUGCGGAGGCGAGCGGCCCACAGACUUCAUUAGCAGGCGGAGGGCUUGGAAAGAAGGAACAAGUGCAGGACGUGCUAGAUCACAAGCCGGUGACAGAAGCAUCCUGCAAACAGUUCCCGACUGGUCCAAUAGACACGACUUCGUGCGACUUCGAGACAGUCGAAAGCGUGAACGAUGCCCUCUACACUCAUCUUCAUGAUCUCGUGCAAACGCCGUUCUUCAAGUACUUCAGAGUGGAUCUUUACCGUGACUGUCCCUUCUGGCAGGAGCAUGGUCUUUGUAUGAAUAGAGAAUGUGGGAUUACGACUGUGGACGAGAAAGAGAUACCUGAAAUUUGGAGGGCGGCUGCGCUGAGUAAGGUCGAGAUACCACAUAAAGACCAGCUGCAUCACUUACCGGGAUGCUACUACAGAGAUUCGGAUUUCUGCUUCUUAGAUGAUAUGUCCGAGGGUGAUUACGUAGACCUCACGCUCAACCCCGAACGUUUCACCGGCUAUACAGGACCGUCAGCGCAUCGCGUUUGGAGUUCAAUAUACGAAGAGAACUGCUUUGGUGUCUCCCACUUUGAUACGCUUGGUGCAUUCACGGAAGAAGAGGAGGCAAAGACCUGUCUCGAACAACGGGUGUAUUACAAAAUCAUUUCAGGCCUUCACACAAGCAUUUCAACGCACAUCUGUUAUGACAACUUCAACCAGUCCACAGGCGAAUGGGGUCCAAACCUCCAAUGCUUCAUCGACCGUGUCGCGUCCCACCCCGAACGCUUGGAGUACAUGUACUUCAACACAGUCUUACUCCUCCGGGCAGUUGCUCGCAUAGGCCCCUAUCUUUCGGCAUAUGACUAUUGCGGUGGCACCGGAAACCACGAGACCGAUCCGUACACCUUAGGUGAACUGAACAGUGUAAUCAAUAUCGCACAGAAUGUCGGUAAAUUCGACGAAAAGACUCUGUUCCGUGGGCCGAAUGCAGAGAUCCUGAAAGAAGAGUUUAAGCAGCACUUCCGCAACGUUUCACGCAUCAUGGAUUGCGUGGGCUGCGACAAGUGCCGUCUCUGGGGCAAGGUCCAGACCUCCGGUGUAGGCACCGCUCUGAAGAUCCUCUUCGAACUCGAUGAGAAAGCUCUCGACCCGAAGCUAAACCACAAUUUGCUCUCACGCUCUGAGGUUGUUGCUCUAAUAAACACGCUGCACCGCUUCACAGAGAGUCUGCAUGCCGUGAACGAGUUCAGGGACAUGUGGCAGCGCGAGGAAACCGCUCAGAAGGGCAAGCUACUCGAGAAGGUUGAUGACGCGUCAUCACCGCGGCAAUCCCCUCUGGCUGGUAGCGACGUUCUCAGGUACGAACUGCUUGCAGACCUGCAACGCUGGCUGCGCGUAUGCAAGCAGAGCACAGUAUUCUGCGUGAGAGGCAUCUUGGCCGGUCUCCGGAGCGCGAUAGAGGCUGUUACAAAGCUGUUCCAGCUCUCCGGUAAGGAUCGUGCACCGCAUAUCGAGUUCUAGCGUCGUGUCUCUUUUUGUCUGUCCGCUUCCCAGGCUAGUAUUACAAUUCGCAAUACUCCAAUGAUGCACAUUGAUGCACGCUUCC